UUAGAGCGGAGUAUAGAGCUUGAAUCUGUGGUUAUUUAACAUAAAUAUAGUGUAUGUUGUGUAUGCGACGAAACAGUUGGAUCCUGGACGUUUUGCUCUGCAACGGACUCGGUAUCUACAUGGGAAUGUUGACGCUCGACUAUUUACAGAUUAAACCACACCAUUGGCGAAGUCUGCGGAGCUUACAAAGAGACACACCGACUUGUAGGCGGCAUCGGUUCAGUCCGUACAGACUAAUGGAGUUUGACUUGCGACCAACAGGCAGUCUGCGGCGCUGGCUCGCCAUGCUUGUGCUGAUAUUCAUGGCUUUACUCGCUGAAGUGAAUACGUUCUACCUGAUGUUGGUGUUAUGGAUCCCGGCAGCUCACACGUUAGCCAUCGUGCGUCUAUGCGUGCAGGCAGUCCUCGCUGGGGCCUGCCUUCGCGACACGUUUCAGUAUCUGGACGAUCCGAAAUGUAAGCAGCUCGGUCGGCAGGCGUGGUUGGCGGCGGCCACUCUUGCUACUGAAGUCCUCAUCGUAGUAAAGUUUGACUGGGAGACGUUUAGCCGGCCGCCGCCUGCACACAUACAGUCGAUCUGCUGGUCGGCAUUCUUUCUGCUAGUCUCCUACACGGUCUGGCGCUUCUUCGUCAGCAGGGGGCGCGACAGCGCCGGUGACUAGUAAGCGCGCGACGGCUGAGACGUCGGUAGAUGGCGCUAAUCGCGUUUGAGCAUUCCAAGUACGAAUGAUGUUCGAACAAUAUGGUAUUGUUAUUUUUUAAAGUAAGCAUAGCAGUCGCGUUGACUUGCUACAUAAAAUGGUUGUGAAAAUAUUGUAAUGUCACCAUUGUUAUUACGCUCACUCUCACAUACACAAAUUUAAAUUUUAUUCACCAAUAUUAGGAAAUUCGU